CUCCGUCGAGAUCCCUGCUCCAGUCAGCUUCGAGAGUGGGGACGCGGUAGUCGCUCCUGCUACGUGUUCAACGGGCAACUAUAUCGAACUCGGCUUCAACUGCAUUCCACGAUCUAUGUGUUUGUAAAAGUUCAUAACUUUAAGACACGCCUUUGGAUAGACAGGAUUUUAAGUGUUCAAGAAUUAUGGAGAUUGAAUUUAAUUGAGUUUACAGGAUCAUAGCGAAAUUGAAGCCAUAUCCUGGGACACCUAAUGCACAAUGUCAUUGAAAUGACGUCGAAUCAAUAUGGAUAUAUUUACUCGAAUAUCCAAUGGAAAAUGUGGAAUAUACGCAUUUCUGAUCAUCAUCCAUAUUCAGAUACUGCAAGGAGAAGAACAGUCACAAUGUCCAAGUUUAGCAGAGAACCCAAUUUGUCCAUGCUAUAACUUCAAAGAAGGUCUAUUUUUGGAAUGUCCUAGUGCGACUCCGGGAGUGGUAAAGAAUAUUCUGUCGAAGAUAAAAGGAUCAAUACAAUCAUUAUCUAUUUAUGAUUUAGAAAGUUCAACUACAGAACUGAAAGCAGAGCUUUUUCCAUUAAAAAUAAAAAUAUCCAAUUUACAAAUAUCACAGUCAAGCAUAAGUAAAAUUAACCCUGAUGUCUUUACAUCUCUUCGUGAUUCAUUGAAGUCUCUGAGCAUAAUUUCCAGUAAAUUAAGUAAAAUUCCACAUGAAUCUUUCUUCGAAUUGCACAAUAUAGAAGCCCUUGAUUUACAACUCAAUGACAUCAAAGAUAUACAAGCAAAUACUUUUCGAAACCUAAAAUUGAAGAAACUUAAUUUGAAAGGAAACAAAAUAGCAAAUAUUUCAGAAAAUGCGUUUUAUAAUUUAGAGGAAUCAUUAACUGAAUUGGAUUUGACAGAAAAUUAUUUAAAUACAUUCCCUCUAAGACCGCUGGGAAAGUUGAAUAAAUUAAUCAAUCUUAGACUUGCUUGGAACAAAAUACAUACGAUACCUAGUGACAUAGAUAUUACUAUACCAAAUUUACAGAGACUAGAUGUAAAUUCUAACUCAUUUACUACAAUAGAUAAAAACUGGUUUAGAUGUAUGCCAAAACUAAAAACAUUAUCGUUUUUUAGUAAUCAAAUAAAUAAAAUAGAUGAUGAAGCAUUUAUUUCGUUAAGUGAUUUAGAAACAAUUGACUUAAGUCGAAAUAAAAUUAUAAGUGUCGAUAAAAAUAUCUUUCAGAAUAAUCGCAAAAUUCGCACAAUAGAUUUAAGUUACAAUCACAUACAUCUCAUCAAAGGUGUAUUUUCAAAUCUUCGUUUUCUUUCUGAGAUAUUUUUAUCGGAAAAUAAUAUCCUUGAAAUAACAAAUGACGCAUUUGAAAAUGCUACAAGUUUAACAGUACUCAACUUAGAACAUAACGCUAUACAACAAUUACAUAUGAAUUGUUUUUCAUCUUUACAAAAUUUGACUCAACUUCACAUGGGAACAAACUUUUUGAAAAAAAUCCCGCGUAACAUUUUUCAAUAUAAUCAUAAAUUAGUGACCUUAAGUUUAGAUAAUAAUGAAAUUAACGAAUUAGAUGAAUUGGUAUUUGAUAAACUUAAAGAAUUAAAAGAAAUACGUUUACAAAAUAAUAAAUUAGCUCAUAUUAAACGAAAUGUAUUUAGUCCAUUGCCGGAUUUAUUAGAACUACAUUUACAGAAUAAUGUUAUUCAAAGUAUAGAUUCACAUGCAUUUAUAACACUUAAAAAUCUUCAGCAUAUUAAUUUGCAGGGUAAUCGCUUAACAACAAUUGGAGAUGUAUUUCCAAAUAGAAAUUCAUCAUUAGUCUCUAUUCAACUCGGCGUAAAUUAUUUAUCGUUAUUAAAGAAUAGUUCUCUUAGAGGGCAAGUAAAUGUGCAAAUAAUGUGGCUCAGCCAAAAUAAUAUUAAACUUUUGACUUCUAACUUGUUUAAUGAUUUGUUAAAUAUUCAAAGGCUGUAUUUAAAAAAUAAUAGUAUUGUACAUAUAGAAAAUAAGACAUUUAUGCAUCUUAAAAGGUUAAAAUUUCUAGACUUAAGUAAUAAUAAACUAGUAAAAUUGAGCAAUGAAACAUUUUUUAAACUUGUGACAUUAGAAGAACUUCAUUUACAGUGUAAUUAUAUAAAUCAAAUAGCAAAAGAUACUUUUAGAUAUUUAGUUAAAUUAAAAGUAUUAGAUUUAUCACAAAAUGAAAUUAUUGUUCUGGACUUGGAUAUUUCUUCUCUUGCAAUAAAACAGCUUCGAUUAAAUAAAAAUUCAAUAUCAAUAAUUGAAUCUGACUCACUGAAAACUCUACCAAAUUUAAGUGAUUUAGAAAUGAACAAUAAUCUUCUAACAUGGGAAGAUAUCAUUCAAGUCCAGAUACCUGGUUUAAAGUCCCUAAUAAUAUCCAAAAAUAAUUUCAUUCAUUUGGAAAAUAAAACAUUUUCACAUUUACCAUCAUUACAAACUUUGUCAUUGGAACUAUCGAACAUAUCCCAAUUGCCUCCAGCUACUUUCAUCAAAAAUCAAAAUCUCUUACGUAUAAACUUAGCGUUUAACAAUUUAAAGGAUCUGCAUAAAGAUGUAUUUGCAUAUACAACAAUAUUACAAGAUUUGAAUUUGAGAGGGAACAAUUUUACAGAUUUUCCUCAUGUUGCUUUGUUUAAUAUAACUUCUUUAGAGGUAUUAGAUUUAUGCCACAACCAAUUGCAUAGUAUUGAUUUUUUUAAAUUUAUAGGGUUACAGAAUUUAAGAGUUUUAAAUUUAUGCGAUAAUCAUAUUUCAAUAUUAAAUGGUUUUAACUCUCCGGCAUUAAAAAAUCUAAUUACGUUAGAUUUGAGUAAAAAUAUGUUAUCAGUUCUACCUCCAAAUUUUUUUCAACAUUCACUGGGUUUGAAAGAAAUCGAUUUAUCAGGUAAUCUUUUCAAACAUAUACCAAAUAAUGGUUUAUCUGAAGCCGUACUACCGGCUCUCACAACUUUGAAUAUGUCGACGAAUUCCUUAAAACAGUUAUUUCAAUCACAUCCAACGAAACAAUUUCCUAUUUUGAGUGAGUUAGUAGUAACUGGUACUAAUUUAACGAUAAUUACAAGUAAGGAUUUCGAGAAUUUUCCGUCAUUAAAAAAAUUAAUUUUAAGUAAAAAUUCCAUUGAUAGAUUAUCACCCGGUGCGUUUGCAAAAUUACAUAAUUUAGAAAAAUUGGACUUAAGUCAAAAUAAAUUAGAAAAUAUUCCUAGAGAAAGACUUCAAGGGUUAUAUUCAGCAAGAUCAAUAAAUAUAUCUCACAAUACAAUUAGAGAACUUGAAGAAUUUACUCCAGAUUUACAAAGUCUUCAGAAACUGGAUCUUUCUACUAACCACAUCACAAGAAUAAACAAAGACAUUUUUCGUGGAUUGCAAAGUCUUACAGAAUUAUAUUUAAGUAACAACUGGUUGUCAGCAAUUUCUUCAGAUGCAUUUCGGAAUCUAAACAAAAUCUCAUUAAUAGAUCUUAGUCAUAAUUAUUUUGAAGUAAUUCAGAUGAAAAUGCUUGUAACGCUGGAAACUCAAUUAAGGACACUUUCAUUCGAUGAAAACCCUUUAACUUGUAAUUGCGAAUCUCAAGAUAUAUGGCGAUGGAUGCAAGAUCACUACAAGAUUGUUAGAAAAAGAAGUAGUAACUUACGUUGUGAACACCCAGAAGAAUUGCAUGGUUACAGUUUUAUAGAAUUGUCUGCUCAAAAGCUUUGUAAUAUUCCUGUUAUAAUCAGAAUUGCUAUACAAGACAUACAAACAUAUUCUAUAAUUGUUUCUUGGCAAAAUCGCAAUCAAAGUGGUCUAAAUGGAUUUCAAGUAGCGUAUUUUGGAGAACAAAAUCCAAGUAUUAUUCGAGGAAAAUUUUUAAAUGUCACAGCCAGAUCAACAAGAUUAAAUCAUCUAACACCUGGUUCGCGAUAUACUGUGUGCGUAUUAGCUGUCGGUAAUUUCGGGGCAUCAUCAUCAACUGGAUCAUCUAUUCCUGAUGCCAGGAUAGCUCCCUCACCAGAAAAUCUCAAUAAUAACAUAUACGGAGACGAAAUAUUAUUCAAUCGCUUACGACCUUUUAUGAACGAUUCUGCAACAAGUAAAUGCACUACAGUAACCACUAUAGAACUAUUUGGUGCUGCUUUAGAUAGUCCGUUUUCUAAUACAUAUAUGGGGAUUGCCGACAUAUUAACCAGAAGACUUAGUUUGGUUGUGGGAUGUUGCAUUGGAUUUAUAGUAUUCAUUGUAUUAGUUUCAGCUUUAGGUUAUAUAAAAACAAAGAAACGUCCAAUUGUUGCUAAAGCAGAAGUACAACAAGCUCCUCAAUAUAUAUCAUAUGACAAUUUCAAUACUCCGAAUGUUGAAGUUCAAACCACAGACAUGGAUAUAAAUACUAUUACAGAUAAAACUAAACCGCAAUGCAAACACGAUUGAACGAUACAUGAAACGUACAUAAACUUAGAAGAGCUUAAAGAAAGAUACGAGUUCGGAUUUUUCCAAUUUGAUUCCCUUAUGAAUAGGAUGCCACUCACGUCGGGGUGAAACCUUUUAUACCUUCAUCGUCUUUGAAACUUCUUUUAGAAGUUUGGCAGACAGGAAUGAAUUAUUGCAGCUACAAGCUAUCAAUAACGAAAUGUGUGAUAAUCGAAAAAGUUUGCCGUCACUGGUUGUAACUUAGAUGAAACAAUUUAGCUGGUAAUUAAUACAAAUGAGUCAUUGCUGCUCCAAUCCAACAUAUUUUAUUUGUGUAUGUUGAUAAACAAUAAUCACUAUAAUUUUCAAUUAUGGAAAUAAAAAAAAAAUGAAAUACUAAUGAUAGGAUAUGUAUUUCAUAAAUUUUUUAAAUAUACAUAUUAUUUUAGUUAUUAUAAAUAUUAAAAAAAAAAUUAAACCAAAGGAUAAUUUAAUAGGCUGUUAUAAUAUGCUAAUUAUUUAAUUCAUUGAGAAUUCCUCUGUUCAUUACAAAUAAUUUUAAUCUCGUCUAUAAACGUCUAACGUUGUAUUUUUUACUGUGAAAUAAAUAAUUUAUUGUGAUUAUACUAGGUAAGUGUACAUUAUUAAAAUUAAUGAACAAUUGUGUAUAUUGAACAUAAAUUAUGCCAACUUGGUAGAUGUUAAAUUGUAAAAAGUAAUUACGAAAAUUUUUAUGUGUAACAACUAUGAGAAGUGGAUAUUUAUACUCUGACGAAUUCAACUAAAACUAUGUUAGUCAUAAGUUAAUAAUAAUGUAUAAAAUAACGAAGAUAUCAGACUCGAUUAGCGUUAUGAACUACUUAUGUACCAACCUGUGUUGAUAUCUAUUUUAAUUCAUCACAAUCAGUUUAAAACUAGCAUAUGAAGACUGUAGUAUUGGUAAUAAAAUUUUUAAACUUA